GCUUCAUUCUCCCGCAUAUGUGACUAGUCCUACAGUGGUGCGACUGAUAGGGCGGUAAAGAGGCAGUAGAAAUCGGGGUUUAGAACCGCUGCGAAAUGGCGGGACAGCAGUUUCAGUACGACGACAGUGGCAACACUUUUUUCUAUUUCCUCACGUCAUUUGUGGGACUCAUAGUCAUCCCAGCCACCUAUUAUCUCUGGCCCCGGGAUCAGAAUGCGGAGCAAUUACGGUUGAAGAGUUUACGAAGAGUUCAUGGAAGAUGUCUGUGGUAUCGCCUUCGGCUUAUGAAAUCACAGCAGAGCAUUGUUCCAACAUUUAAAAAAGCAGCCCUGUUGUUUGGGUGGGCAGUAUUUCUUCUCCUGGCCUAUAAGGUGUCUAAAUUAGAUCGUGAGUACCAGGAAUAUAACCCCUAUGAAGUCCUCAACCUGGACGCAGGGGCAUCUGUUGCUGAGAUUAAGAAGCAGUACAGAGUGCUGUCUCUAAAACACCAUCCUGAUAAAGGUGGAGAUGAGGCCAUGUUCAUGAAGCUUGCUAAAGCUUACUCAGCCUUGACUAAUGAGGAAUCCCGAAAAAAUUGGGAGACUUAUGGCAACCCUGAUGGCCCAAGAGUGACAAGUUUUGGAAUUGCUCUUCCUGCGUGGAUCGUUGACCAGAAGAACUCUAUGCUUGUGCUGCUGGUCUAUGGAUUGGCUUUUAUGGUCAUCCUUCCUGUGGUUGUGGGCACAUGGUGGUAUCGUUCCAUCCGUUACAGUGGUGAUCAGAUCCUGAUCAACACAACACAGCUUUUCAUGCACUUUAUGUACAAAACACCUACAAUGAACAUGAAACGUUUGGGGAUGGUGUUGACAGCAGCAUUUGAGUUUGAUCCUCGUAGUAACAAAGAGGCCACUAUAAGACCAACAGACAACGUAGAAGUUCCCCAGUUGAUUCGGGAGCUGGGAAACAUUAACGUUAAGAAGAAGGAGCCUCCGUUCUGCUACCCCUAUAGCCUGAAAGCUCGCGUCUUAUUACUUACACACCUUGCCAGGAUGGAGGUUUCUGAGAACAUAGAGGAAGAUCAAAGGUUUGUGGUGAAAAAGUGUCCUGCCUUACUGCAGGAAAUGAUCAAUGUUGGCUGUCAACUCACAAUGAUGGCAACCAGUAGAGGAGGCAUUCGAGCUCCUAGGCUGACUUCUAUAGAAAACUGCAUGAAGCUCUCUCAGAUGGUGGUUCAGGGACUGCAGGAGGCCAAGUCUCCUCUACUGCAGCUGCCCCAUUUUGAAGAGGAGCACCUCAGAUACUGCAUCUCUAAGAAGUAUAAGGUGCGGACGCUGCAGGAUCUGGUCAGUCUGAAGGACUCUGACAGGAGAAACAUGCUGAGAUUCCUCGGGGAGGAGAAGUAUGAUGAGGUCAUGGCAGUCCUCGGGAGCUUCCCUUACAUCAACAUGGAAACCAAACUUCAAGUGCUGGAUGAUGAAGAUAGCAAUAACAUCACAGCUGGAUCCAUCGUCACGGUUACGGUCACCUUGACAAGGAAGAGAAUGUCUGAGAUGUUUGAGAAAGAGGAACCACCGCAGCCUACAGAGGACACUAAUACAGAGGAGCAAGGUGAUGUCAAAAACAAAACAAAAGUUUGGCAAAACAAGAAUAAAGGAGCUAAAAAAGCCACCAAGUCUAAAAAGAAGAAACUGACUAAGAAGAAACCAGUCACCCAACAGCAAACAAAGGGAGACAAGGCUAAACAGGCCAAUGGGAAUGUGGCAGGAAAUGAAGUUGCUGCUGCUUCAAAAGAGGAAGAGGAUGAGCUCUCUGAUAAAGGCAGUGAAUCAGAUGAAGCGGAGGGAAACAAGGACUCGCCCAGCGAGAGAGAUGAGGAGAGUGACAAGCAGAGUGACACUGAGGUGGACGAGAUUGCUGGAGACGAUGAGGAGGAAUGGGAGGCCCUACAGCAGAGUAUUCAGCGCCGUGAGAGGGCACUUUUGGAGACCAAGUCAAAGAUCACACACCCUGUGUACAGCCUGUACUUCCCUGAGGAGAAGCAGGAGUGGUGGUGGCUCUACAUUGCAGAUAGGAAGGAGCAGACACUGGUGUCUAUGCCCAACCAUGUUUGCACACUCAGAGACACAGAAGAGGUUGAACUGAAAUUCCCCGCUCCAUCCAAAACCGGAAACUAUCAAUAUUCUGUGAUUCUCAGAUCAGAUUCCUACAUGGGAUUAGAUCAGGUCAAGCCAUUGAAGUUGGAGGUUCACGAGGCGAAGGCCAUGUUGGAUAACCAUCCACAAUGGGACAUCCCAGAAACUGAGGAAGAGGAGGAUGACCAGGAGGACAGUGAUGGUAUUGAGGAGUCUGAGGAAGAUGAUGAAGACAACGACUAAACCAACCAAUCAAUUCAUAGUGCAGCUCACACACAGUGUGCCCACUCAUGUUCAAACAAACAGACCUACAUAGCCCCAGACCUCUGCAGUCUUCAUGGCCACCACCACGACGUUGACACCCCACGUUCCUGUUUAAAACACUCAUGAAUCACAAAUCUGUCCAAACCUCUUAUUUUUCCAAUCAUAAGACUUGAGAAACUGUUAGUUAUCUUUCCCUGCAUUCAUCCAGUCAUUAUCGGUGGGCUGUCUGAAUGAUUGUUGGUGGGGUCCCACUGUGUGUCAGAUUCCUCUCCACUUCACGAAAGGUGUCUAACCAACCAAUAUGUCAGAAAAAUAAAAACCAGACUACGGUUGAAAAAUCACACACCUUAUAACUGUCAUUUUCCAAUGUCACAGUGAAUUCUUUAAGGGUAUUUUCUACCUUUAUCAUUUUUUUAGUUUUAUGUAGUAUAUUAGAAUUCAGAUUUAUCAGCUGUUCCCACUUUUACAUGUGAAGCGUAAUCUGGAGCAAGUAUGAACCACAAGGACACGUGUGUGGGCGUACUGAGCUUGAGCAGGAAUUGGGGGGAACCACUGUGGGUUGCAUUUCAAUUUGACUCCAUGGUCAUGAAGUCUGGAAGUAAAGUGCUGUACAUUUAUAAAUCUCAUCUCUUUUAACUUCUUCCAACUUCUCGUCACCAGUGCAGGUUAUCUCAGCCUCACAAAGUAAUAAUGACUGCAGACAUUCCACAGCCAGGUCUACAGUUUAGUCCUGAUUUAAGGUCUAAUGUUGCUUAAAUGGCUAUACUGCCUUUCCACACAAGGUUAAUAUUAGGCUGCUUUCUUGGCACUCAUGGAUACAUUUGCAUUUGAUUCAAUUGUAGUGUUUUUUUUUGUUGUUUUUUUUGGAACCCCUUCUAGGACAAUUUCAAAUUUUUAUUCCAACCCCCUCCCCCAUUUUCAUGUAAUUAUUUGACUGACUUUUUGAACUGGAAACAGGAAAUCCCCCACGGUUGCUGACUGCAACUGUUACAAAGACACAGUGUCUGUGGUAGACUCUAGUUUCCUAUCUGUUAGACUAAUCCAUUAUCUGUUGGCCAUAGGGCAACGAUAAACAAUUUUUAAAAAAUGACUUUAGAACAAAGAGUUUCUCUGUUGUUUCCAUGGAUCCCUUGGCCUACAUGCCUCAAUCAUAGAGCAUAGUUUAGAAUGUUUUUUUUUUUUUUUUUUUGGUCUUACAUUCCACUCAAAAAAAUAUGAACACCUUAUUCAUUGUACAGAUAUUUUGAAUGGCAUCAAAUAAGGUUCCAUCCUUUAUUGCAGAUGAUCUGUGAUACAGAAGCACCAAUAUGAGUGCAGGAAAAAAUUGAGGGUUUGCUUUUGUUUCUGUAAGUUUUUCUUCAUUAUUUUCUUUUUGUGGGGGUAGGGGUGUUAACAAGGCUUUAAAAUAAUCAAUUUGGCAUCUUUGUGGAUGUGUGUAUUUGCAUCCCACUUAAAUGUCUUCUUUUUUCCACCAGUGGAAGGUAUGAUGGCUUAUUGAGGGCGGUAAUGUAGUGGUAGUGCAAAAAUUUAUUUGAUCUGUUCUUUUGUCAAGCAGUGGGAGAGGUUAAGCCAACAGAGGUGAUAUUAUUUGAAAUGUAGAAAUGUGUAUGAAAUGUAAUCUCUCCAUUCAUUUUAAUUACCCCCCCAUUAGCAUUUGCAUAAUGCAAUCUUUAUUAACAGAGGAAACGGUUAUUCUGGCUGCAUGUAACAUAUUCACUACCAGUUUUAUAAAACAAUCAAGGUUUUACAGAUAAAUAGACAUUUUAGUAUUAUAGCUCCAACAAAGAAUGUAGCCUCAGAAUUCAUGUUGUGUACUGAAAGUGGUGAUUCAAGUGCACAGAAGUCUUCUCUUUCUUUCACACACACACAGACAGAUAGACUCACUGGCCAGAGAAAAUGGUGAAAUUGCCUAGGAAACAUAUCUGCCACUUUUGUUUACAAGAAAACUGUCAUUGUAAAUUGAAAAUAUAUAUAUUAUUUGUAUUUAAAUAAUUUCAAAUAAAAUAACUUUUAAAAUGA